GAGGUCACAAACAUAAGCGAAAAGCCUGCUUAAGAGGAGGAAGAUCAGGAAACAUGCUUCACAUCUGCAAACAAAGCGAAAUAAACUUAUUGUGAUGGUAACAGCAAGAGCCCGUGGCUGUGUUCCGUUCACACGAGGCGUCGACACUGUGUUCACAGGCUGUUGCACGUUGGUGCCGAAAGACUUACUGCCGUUUUAGUGGGAUGACUCCUUCCAGUUCACCCGCUGCUUCAAUCCCAAUUUUGGCAUACUGUAAUGCCAAAUGGGAGACCAUGUUUCACAUACGUGUGUUUUACUGUCCUACAGCAAGUGAUUCCGCUUUUUCGAGGCCUUUGUGCCUUGGCAUAGUCCACAUUUCGGCUGUUUUCUAGUGCUAAGUGCUCAAUUCACUUUUUACGUACAAACCGGCGCGUAAUAACGACUCCAUGACUUUGAUGUGGUAACACAAGAGGGAGAAGGAGACACAGGCAGUUUCUUCAUCUUUGCAGGAUGUGCCAAAUCUUCGCGUCUGUACAAGGUUCUUCCCCGCUUCUGCAUGACCACUGACGCUCCAGACAAAGCAAGAACGAAUCGAUCUUUCCAAGGACUGGAAGAGUCCUGCAAGAAAUGGCGGUUGUCAUGAUCGAGCAGAUGGCGUGGCAGAACUAUUCCUUACCACAUAGUCGAAGCAGGGUUGGGGUAGAUGCCGGCCCACCUCCAAAGCCGGGAAUAUCCGGCUUUCGUCAUAAUCUUCCUUGUGUUCUGUUGAUUGACUUCGGCAAAGCUUCCGAGGAUAAACAACAGAGCAGAACCGUGGUCACGUGUUUCUGUUGGGCUGGUCGCAGAAAUGUCUGUGUCCGGUUUCCCUGCGCGUUGCUGUUUUUGCUGUGCCUGUUUUGGAGAGGCGUCUAUCCACUGCUCUCAUCAGCGUUGCCUCUCUUUCCGGCGCUUAGGGGGCAGGCGGUCACGCAACUUGGCCUUGCAUACAAAGACGAUGCGCGGGGACGCGUACCACAACCCGAACGUGCAACUGAAGCCUUCCGAUUUGAGAACUUCAGGGACCGCAACGUGAAAGAACACCGGGAAGCCAGAGUCCAGAAGGGUCGUCUAGCGCGCGCCGGGUUCCCUGAUCCCAUAUAUUUGUCACUUGGAGAGGAGAUCACCAUCCCGAUAGACAUACCAGCCGUUCUGUCUUUCGUCUUAUGCCGGCUACAGCCUUCUCGUUAUCGUGGCAACCGAGUGGGUAAUCUGGUGUUCGAUCCCGUAUGCAGCCAUAAAGCUCUUACGUUGCCUGAGGAUGCACCGGUUGCUCCAGAACAAAACACCCCCUCUGUGUCUCAACCGCACUUUCGUUUUUUAUGUACUGCUGAGUGGGUACUCGCACGACGCCUUGCUUGGGAAGCUGAUCUGGAACUGUCGAAAUUAUUGCCAAAUCAGGCCGCAGAAAAUGCAUCUACCGAUGAUGAUGAUCUUGCCGUAGAGGAACAUCGGGUCAGGUGGUUCCUGGUCGGAUCUUUGGCUGCUCCUGGAAGUCAGGCAUCGCGGUCUCUAUAUUGCUCAGAUCGAACCGAGCUUUCCGUAGUUAUUGGCCCCGAUACCACAGGCGACAUUUGGCUUGCUGUCGGCUGGCGUGUCGCAUUGGCAGAGGGUGUAUCGGGCGAAUUCACCACGUGUCGCCGCGGGAUAUGCACGAAGGAGGCAUUGUGGGGGCUAGCUGCCCCUGCUAAUACUUGUGUCGGAAGCGAGGCUGCCUGCCAGCCUGACGCCAUUUCUGUUCUAGAGUCGGCUGCGGCAUCCGCCCGCACAUCCGGAGUGAUAUGCCCCCAGGCAAGAAAAACUCCAGAAGAGAAACCUCUCCAAGCAGCGGAGGCGCCUGGCGCACGCCCUGGUACCGUAUCCUUCGGUAAACUUCACCAACUAACGGGGAAACGCAGAAUCAAGGAACGAAAUGCGGGUGACGAUGGCGUGGCAACCGAUGCUACCGAACAGACGGAUUCUUCCUUGGAUAAGGAACACCCGCGGGAUGAACCACAGGCUGCUGAGCGCAGCGCAAAGACGGUAGCUGUACAGUGCGUAGGCAGAGGCGCCGUUGAAGUCACUUGCACACACACUUUCGGCCACUACGUCGAGCCUAUCCAGAUGCCGCAAGUGAAAGAUGGACAACCCUAUUAUCUCCUUGUAUCGUCUAAUUUGAAUAGGUGCACACACAGCUGUGCAGGGACGAACUCCAGCUACUACAACAAACAGCAAGUUUUAAAGAACUCUCUGCGUUCCUGGAUAUCUUCUGUCUGGCAGGUGUGGAUAGGCCAAAGGGUUACAGCAAGCUCACGUUAUCGUUAUCCGAGUUCGCUGCCUAGGAAAAAUAAUGCAUGA